UUCGCAGCAGAUGACCACUUGGGGGGAUGGAGGCUUUACAGGGGAGGUGAGCGUUUCCCCAAACAGCAUCAGAGCGCACUGCACAAAUUAAUUUGCUCUGUACAUGAUGCUGCUCAGUGAUGGACCCGUGCGCUUGAUCGGUUCAGCGGUUUUCAGAGCAACAAGUGGAUUAUGGUCUCCAGCUUGAGAGAGGAGAGGGGCGACUGCACCUGAACAACACAACGAAUGCCGCAUCUGUCUCUGACUGUGCCAGCCGCGCUGUGGGAAUGGAUACCGGCAGUUUCCUGGCAGGGAUAUGCCUUUUCCUGCUGUCGCUCAGCGGGUUCGUCUCUUCCUCUCCGGCGACAAGCUUUUGUCCCGACCGCUGCGACUGUCAGCACUCGCAGCACAUAAUGUGCACCAACCGCGGGUUGCGCGCUGUGCCCAAACCCGCCAUGCGGGUGCCCGAGGAGGUGCUGAUCUUCAGCCUCGGGGGAAACUUCAUCAGUAACAUCUCUGCCUUCGACUUCACGCGGUACAGUGACCUUGUAAGGUUAAAUUUACAGUACAAUCAAAUACAAACUAUUCACCCCAAGGCAUUUGAGAAACUCUCCAAGCUAGAGGAGCUGUACUUGGGACAUAAUCUUUUAUCAAAUGUACCUGCUGGAACUUUACAGCCCUUGAAGAAAUUAACUAUUCUCUAUGGAAAUAAUAAUGACAUCAAGAAAAUUACACCGGAGCUCUUUACCAACUUGGAUAACCUCGUUAAAUUGCGUCUGGAUGGCAACUCAAUAGAAGCUCUGCAGGACUCUGUUUUUAAAAGUUUGACCAGUCUACAUUAUCUCCAUCUGGAAUCCAACAAACUGCAGCACAUUCACAGAAACGCUUUCUCUAAACUCGCCAACCUGCGCUUUCUAAACCUGGCCCACAACAAGCAGUCUGCCGUGCGCAGCGUCCUCACUUUUUCCCAACUCAGAGCUUUGACAACUUUGCUGCUGUCUGAAAAUGAAAUUCAAUACAUUGGAAACCACGUCUUCCAAAAUCUGAAAAAGCUGUCCAAACUGUCCCUGAGCAACAACAGAAUCUCACGUCUGGAGAGCGGGGCUCUGAAGGGGCUGUCCAGCCUCAGAGAGCUUCUGAUUGACGGUAACGGACUGGAGGAAAUCCCCGCCGGUCUCCUCGACCCUCUGGACCGCAUCGAGGAGCUCGACUUCAGUCGUAACCGGAUUUCCAACGUGGACUCUCUGGCCUUUUCGCAACUUAAACAUCUAAAGGUGCUGAAGCUGAAGAACAACUUUCUCACCAGUCUGUCUGGUGACAUUUUCGCCCUUAACAACUUGCUUUACGACCUGGAUCUCCAUGGCAACAAUUGGACGUGCGACUGCCGCCUGGAGGAGCUGAGGAGAUGGAUGACACAUGCGCAUUCUCAGGGCAAACUGUUGACUGUGUUUGUGCAAUGCCAUCACCCUGCAACUCUGAGAGGGAAAUAUCUGGACUAUGUGAACAGCUCCCAGCUGCAGCCCCUUGGGAACUGGACCCACUUGUGUAGGAGCCAAGCUGGGCCUGAGGAGAGCCGGGGAGGGGGUGUACUGGUAAAGAAGGGAAAAGAGAUAACAGAUGCAAUAAAGCAGGAGGAGAGAGGUGGGGGAGGCCAAGUGGAAGAGACAGAAGGUGUAGGUUUAAGACAGGGAAACAGGGAUGGGGUGAUGCUGAGGAAAGAUGCAGAAAAGUGGAAAAGAGAGGGACAGGAAGAGGUGGGAAUCCAAGGAGACCAGGGGGGUCCAGAGGUGGCAGAACCCUCUCUGUCAUUGGAAAGAAAGAAACCAAAGAAGGAGUCCCUCAGUACAAGGUCACGACCUGCCGCAGAGGCCACUGGGAAACGUGCAAAAGGGCGACGCAGGUCAAAUGUAAUUUCCAGAACGGAACCACCAGCCUUUUCCACACCAAGUCACAGAAACUCCACGGAUUUAAGCACAGUGCUCACCACAUCUUCUCCUGUACAGUCAGGAGAAAAGUUUGAUCUCCUGAGAUCAGAUCAGGAAGAUUCUCUACCUGUAAUCACAGAUCCAUGUGUGUUCAACCGCCAUUUCAUCACUAAUGUUUCAGUGGAUCAAGUGACAUCCAGUACUGUCACCGUCUACUGGACCACAAGGGAUCAUCACCGCUACACACCAGGACUUGGGCCAGGCCUGGAUGAAGUCCACUACAGGAUUCUGUUUGACCGCUUUGGCGCCCCAGAUCGUUUCCCCCGUUACGUUUAUGCCCGUGGAACAGCUCGCUCUGUAACCCUUCGAGAACUCAGCUCAGAUCUGACCUACAUGGUCUGUGUGGAAGGAGUAGUUGGAGGCUCUGUCUGCCAAGUCGCCCCUCGUGACCACUGUGCAGGACUGGUCACUCUCCCAGAUGUGUUCAGUCGUGGAGGCACGCUGACCUCUGACCUCCAGCUGGUGACGGUGGCGACACUGGCUGGCAACGCUGUACUGCUGCUUGUCAUUGGUGGAGUCUGGCUGGGGCGGAGUUUGAAGAGGAGGCUGCAGAGGAGGAAGUCGGCCGUGCACGUGCGCCACAUGUACUCCACCAGGCGACCGUUCCGUCCCACCAUGGCGACUGCCUCCGUGUCCACUGACUUCACCAGCUACCAAAGCAGUCGUCCAGCACGACUCGCACCACUAGAGGAGGGGGAUCUCAUUGAGUUCCCUUGUGACCGCUUUCUGGACAACAGCAGUGUUCGCAGAGACAGUGACAUGCAGAGAUUCUCUGACUAGAACAAUAAAAACUCUGAAAAUGCUGACACUGUACUACAGAAGGAUAUGUGAAAUAGUUUGUGCUGCAAUCUUUAGCCUAGCCUUUAGAAUACAGAAAAUGCAAAGCCCUCUCAGUUGACACUGUGCAGUAUCACAAUAAAAAAAACCUAGGUGUAUUUUAGGCUAUGAACAAACCAAGUCAACAAUCUCACCUUUUAUUGUUUGGUUUUUAAUUUGAAAAUUGUUAAAGUGACAACAGAACAGCUGAGCUCAUCAGGGCUUUUUCAGACACCAGAGGAAAUCCAAUCCCUCUGACUUCCUCUUCCUGCUCUGUGCCUUUUCUUCUUUCAUUUCCUCGCACCUGUGUUUCUAAAUGUGUGAUUUGUUGUGAGUGCAAAUGUCAUACGCAUGAAUGAUGUACCACUGAUUUCAACUAUGGUGCUAAUAUUGAGUUCACAGACAUCAUAUUGUCUUGUAUUUGUACAGUUUGUAAAGAUGGCUGCUGGUUGGCAGGGAAAAAAACAUUUGUUUUGUAUCAUAUCUAUCUUUGUUUUGUACUAUUAUAUUGAACUUUGUAUCAGUUUGCAUUACAUGAAGAAGUAAAAAUCCCCAACAAUGUGACUGAUUUGUAAUUUCAGUGUUUAUGGAUGAUUUACUGCUGUGGUAUAUCUGUGGCUUUCAAAUAUCUUUUAUGUAAUCCACUGAUUAUAUAAAGAACAAGGGGAUUAUAUCUCUAGAAACAGGAGAAUAUAUAGCAUACUGUACAUUCAUGCACAAGGAUUAUUUGUGUUAACCUCUUGAACUCCAGGUUGUGUUUUAUUCCCUUUAUUUUUGCUGUUGUGAGAUAGUCAUUAUAUGCUUAUAGAGUUAAGAGUUUGUGAGGAGGGGGAUGAUAAUAGCAGUAGUAUGUUGGAGAAGUAAGUGUGCAUGUGGAUCCAUGUUGUUGCAUGUGUGUCAAGAUGAGAUCUGGCAAUAGUUAAGCAGUCCCUUUGUUUGAGUAGACAGGGUGGAGUGCCUCCCACACUUAGUCCGAAUCACAUACACACUCACACAAGCAACAAAGUAUUUUCAUAUCAUUCGAGAGUCAAAAUCUCAUAAAGCAGUUAAGGCGUCCAAGAUAAUAUUCUGCACCACAGAGCUGGUUGUUUACAACUUGUAUAAGACUUACAUUCUUAGGUUUUGGACACUUUACUCAUGAUAACUAUAGUCAGACAAAUUAAACUUUUAAAUAAACGAGUAAAAGCCCAAUUUUAGCUGCUUCUUUUUGUGUUAUAUAUUUAGAAAUAUUAGUACGGGCCAAACACCAAACAGGAUAUGAUCUAC